AUGGUCAGCCUAAAGGUACGCAGGAAGACUAGGAAGCUGCGUGGUCACGUCAGCCACGGUCAUGGUCGUAUCGGCAAGCACCGUAAGCAUCCUGGUGGUCGCGGUAACGCUGGUGGUAUGCACCAUCAUCGUAUCAACUUCGACAAAUACCAUCCGGGAUACUUCGGCAAGGUCGGUAUGCGGAACUUCCAUCUGAACCGCAACCACAAGUUCUGUCCGACGAUUAACCUCACACACCUGUGGAGCCUGGUGCCAGAAAAGGUGCGCGAGGAAGCGAAGAAGAAUCCCGAGAAGGUCCCAGUUGUCGAUCUGGUCCAGUUCGGUUACUUCAAGCUGCUCGGUUCCGGUUUCCCACCGAAGGCGCCCAUCAUUGUGAAGGCGAAAUACUUCUCCAAGCUGGCUGAGAAGCGCAUCAAGGCGGUCGGCGGUGCUUGCUUGCUGCGGGCUUAG